AUGGCUACCUUCUUGAAAAAGCCUCUCAAAUUGGCUCUUGUCCAGCUCGCAUCAGGAGCGGACAAGGCCGUGAACCUCUCUCAUGCUCGGAGUAAGGUCCUCGAAGCUGCAAAGGCUGGCGCAGGAUUGAUUGUCCUCCCCGAGUGCUUCAACUCGCCCUAUGGCACGAAUUUCUUUCCAAAAUACGCCGAGACCCUCCUUCCCUCUCCUCCCACGGCUGAACAAUCGCCCUCCUUCCACGCCCUGUCGGCCAUCGCCGUGGAGGCAAAUGCAUACCUUAUUGGCGGAAGUAUUCCCGAGCUGGAGCCUUCCACCAAGAAGUACUACAAUACCUCGUUGGUCUUCUCGCCGACGGGCGCCUUGAUUGGCACUCACCGCAAGACGCAUCUGUUCGACAUCGAUAUCCCGGGCAAGAUUCAGUUCAAGGAGAGCGAUGUACUUUCCCCUGGCAACCAGUUGACAGUCAUUGAUCUCCCGGAGUAUGGAAAGAUCGCUCUGGCCAUCUGCUACGAUAUUCGUUUCCCAGAGGGAGCGAUGAUCGCCGCACGCCAGGGCGCUUUCCUCCUCGUCUACCCGGCGGCCUUCAACACCACUACCGGUCCUCUGCAUUGGUCACUCCUUGCUCGUGCCAGAGCUGUUGAUAAUCAGUCAUAUGUGGCGCUCUGCAGCCCGGCGCGUGAUCUAGAUGCCGCCUACCAAGCCUAUGGUCAUAGCUUGGUUGCUGACCCCAGCGCAAAAAUUCUCUCCGAAGCCGAAGAGAAGGAGACUAUUAUUUAUGCUGACUUGGAUAACGAUUCAGUUGCGAACAUCCGCAGUGCAAUUCCUAUCUCCACCCAGCGACGAUUUGACCUUUACCCCGAUCCCCACUCCGCCCAAUCAGACCCCGCACAGGCAAGCGAGACCACACUGAAUUUCACUCGAAAAUCGACCGCGAAUUCUCCUUCUGACAAUCGAUCACUUCCGCCCACCGUCGACCACCCCUUCAAGAUGUCCAACGUCAAGACCGGCAACAAGCGCUCGGCUAUCGCCGAUGUGGUGUCUCGCGAGUACACCAUCAACCUGCACAAGCGAUGCCACGGCGUCAGCUUCAAGAAGCGUGCUCCUAAGGCUAUCAAGGAGAUCCGCGCCUUCGCUGAGCAGGCUAUGGGCACCAAGGAUGUCCGCGUCGACCCCCAGCUGAACAAGAAGGUCUGGGAAGCCGGUAUCAAGGGUGUUCCCUUCCGUCUCCGUGUCCGCAUCUCCCGCAAGCGUAACGACGAGGAGAACGCCAAGGAGCGUCUUUACUCCCACGUCCAGGCCGUUAACGUCAAGGACCCCAAGGGUCUCCACACCACCACCGUCGAUGACGCAUAA